AUGUCUUUCAGCAGCGUUUCCUACGGCCAGAGGACCAUGAGUGUCUACGGAGGAGCAGGCGGCCGCGGCACACGCAUCUCCUCGUCCCAGCAGAGCUACGGACUCUCCUCCUCCUCCUCCUCCGGAGGGUUCAACGUGACCGCUGGCAUGGACCUCCACGUCGGGGCCAACGAGAAGGCCACCAUGCAAAACCUGAACGACCGCCUGGCCUCCUACCUGGAGACGGUGCGCACCCUGGAGAAGGAGAACAACCACCUGGAGAUGCAGAUCAGAGAAUGGUACCAGAACCACAAGGUCAUCAGCCCCGACUACAGCAGCUACUUCGCCACCAUCGAAGAUCUGAAGAACAAGAUUGUCAUUGCCUCUAAGUGUAAUGCCAAGACAAUCCUGGACAUGGACAAUGGAAAACUGGCCGCUGAUGACUUCAAAAUGAAGUACGAGAACGAGCAGGCCAUGAGGAUGGCGGUGGAGGCGGACAUCGUCGGGCUGAAGAAGGUGCUGGAUGAGAUGAACUUGAUCAGAAUGGACUUGGAGUGCCGGUAUGAGGACCUGAGGGAGGACAUCGUCACGCUCCAAAGGAACCACGAAGAGGAGCUAACCCAGCUGAGGAGUCACAUGGGCGGACAGGUCAAUGUGGCCGUGGAUGCUUCUCCCUCCCAAGACCUGAACCAGGCCAUGUCUGAGAUCAGAUCGCACUACGAGAGUUUGAUCAGCAAGAAUCGCACUGAACUCGAGGCGUGGUACCAGAACAAGGUGACAUCGGUGGAGCAGGAAGUGAUCACACACACAGAGGUUCUUGUGACGUCCCGCACCGAGUUGAAGGACCUGAAGAGCACCCUGCAGAGGCUUCAGAUUGAUCUGCAGGCCCAUCUGAGCAUGAAAGUGUCUCUGGAGGGCUCCGUGGAAGAGACCCGGGUGCGUUACGUUUCCCAGCUAGCAGCCCUCCAGAACAGGGUCACAGGCCUGGAGGCUCAGCUGUCCCAGCUGCACGCCAACAUCAGCAGCCACAAGCAGGACUACGACCUGCUGCUGGACCUCAAGGCUCGGCUGGAGAUGGAGAUCGCGGAGUACAGGAGGUUGCUGGAUGGGGAGGAUGAAAGUUCAAAACAAAUUAUCACAAAGACCAUCACCGUGGUGGAAACAGUUGUGGAUGGAAGGGUGGUUGGAACCAGCAAGACUGUUGAUGUGGAUGUUGAUGAGAUUGAGUGAUGAACUGGAUGGAUUAUCAUAAAUCAAGAUUAAAUAUUUAAAUUUUAAAAAAUUGUGCACUUCAUUUGUAGAGGCUUAAACAAGAUAUUUCAGGCAAGUAUUCUACAGCUAUUGCAACACAUUGGAGAUGACAUUGCUGCAUUUGUGCACAUCUCUCUUACAUCUCUGUGAUAGAAUAACACAACGCAUGACAUAACUUAACAAAUCUGUUUUCUCUAGAUUAACAAAGGUUGUGAGAAUAAUCUACACUGCAUGGAUCAGUUGGAGAAUGCAACUUGGAUCUUUAACGACAAGUUAAUUUAAUACUAUAGAUAUUCUACACAUAUUUAUUUCACAGUGAAACAUGAAAUGCAAAUUGCUUUUAAAAAAAUACAAAGAUUAUCUGAUUCCAAGAAGUUAUCAUUAGUCUACAAACAGGCUGGGAAAAUGCAUCUGCUUGACCAUUAAUUAAUAUCACACGGUGCAGUCAUUUGAUAUGUAUGUAAUUUUGCAUGUUAGCAUUAAAAAUGUAUACCUUUUGCUAUUAACAUGUGUAGUUCAUUCAGCAUGUAAUGAAGCUGGAACAAUAGCACCAUGGAAAAGGCAAAGUCACCUUCUCAGUCAAGAUUAAAAUAUCUUAACCAUCAGAUGAGUUAUCAUGAAAUUUGGUAUGAAAACGCUGACGUCCCCUUCAAACAUCUCUGCAGAUAAUUCCUGCAAUUAAAAAAUGUAAUCGUUGCACAGCACAAAUUGUAUUAAAUACUUAGACAUUAUUAUAUAAUUAGAAAGUAAAGUGCAUUCAAAUUUCUUUAAGUGGAUCCACAUAACAAGUGUUACUCGAGAUGACGAUGUGUCAGUCACUCCAAAUGUGUAUGUUAGAGCGUGGAAUACACCCACAAUCUUGGAGGUUUCACGAAGGCAUCAAGUAUUGUGUUAAUACUCAUUUACAUUAAUGUUUGUCAUUCCUUCCUCUUCUCGAUGACACUGGAGCAGA